AUGGCCUCCAAAUUUCUCCAUCUCCACCCCAAGCCUUCUUCCCACUCCCCAAACCCUAUAACCCUUCCCCCUCUCAGAACCCUUCUUCUCCCCACCGCUCCCGCCGGAAAACCUCCUCCCCUUGCCGGAUUAUGUAGCCGGACCCUCCCUCCGAUGGCGAAACUCGACUCCCGUCCAGAAGGUCCCUUGCCGGACCCGUCCCUGACCAACGACGACCUCCGGCCGACCGAGCCUCACGAGAGGACCUUCUCCGGCCUCGAGAUGGCCAGCCUCUGGAUCGCCCUCGUCGUCGGCGUCCCCUCCUACUACCUCGCCGGCAGCCUCGUCGACCUCGGGAUGUCCUGGUGGCAGGGCAUCGCCACCGUCGUCGCCGCCAACGCCGUCCUCCUCCUCCCUCUCACCCUCACCGGCCACCCGGGCACCAAGUACGGCAUCUCCUUCCCCGUCCUCGCCAGAUCCGCCUUCGGCGUUCGCGGCGCCCACAUCCCCACCCUCCUCCGCGCCCUCGUCGGCUGCGGCUGGUACGGCAUCGCGACCUGGAUCGGCGGCGAGGCCAUCUUCCUCCUCCUCCCCGAAACCCUCAAACAAUCCCAGACCUUCUCCCAACCCCUCCCAUGGCUGGGCACCUCCCCUCUCGAAUUCCUCUGCUUCAUCCUCUUCUGGCUCGCCCAAUUAGGAACCGUCUGGAACGGAAUCGACGGAAUUAGGGUUUUGGAAAAAUACUCCUCCCCAAUCCUCAUCCUCUUAACCUCAUCCCUCUUAAUUUGGUCCUACGCCAACGCCGGCGGCUUCACCCACCUCCUCUCCUUAAACUCCACUCUCUCCGCCGCCCAAUUCUGGUCUCUCUUCUUCCCAUCCCUCACCGCCAACAUAAGCUUCUGGGCCACGCUCGCACUCAACAUCCCCGAUUUCACACGAUACGCCCGCACCCAAAAAGACCAAAUAAUCGGGCAGGCCGGGCUGCCCGUUUUCAUGGGCGCCUUCACGUUCGUCGGCCUUGCCGUGACCUCAUCCACCAAGAUAAUCUUCGGACGGGUCGUUUCAAACCCGAUCCAGCUUCUCGGAAUGAUUGGCGGCUUCUGGACAAAAGUCUUAUCCAUUUUAGGCAUAAGCUUGGCCACCGUCACCACCAACAUCGCCGCCAACGUGGUGGCUCCGGCGAACGCGCUGGCCAAUCUCAGCCCAUCAUUCUUCACUUUCCGGCGAGGGGCUCUGUUAACGGCCCUGCUCGGGAUUGCAUUCCAGCCAUGGAGGCUACUGGAGUCGAGCGAGAGCUUCGUGUACACUUGGCUGGUGGGCAACUCGGCUUUAAUGGGCCCAAUUGGAGGUAUUGUUCUUGCAGAUUAUUAUUUGAUUAAUGGGGCUGAGUUGAGUGUGGAGGAUUUGUACAGAUCGGGUUCGAAUGGGCGUUAUUAUUACCGGAAUGGGUACAAUUUGGCGGCGAUCGGGGCUUUGGUUGUGGGGGUUUUGCCGGUGAUUCCUGGGUUUUUGCAGAAGAUUGGGGUUUUGGGUGAGGUUUGGGAAGGUUUUGCUGUGAUAUAUAACAAUGCCUGGUUUUUCAGCUUCUUUUUGGCGGGUUUUUUGUACUGGGUGGUUUCGAGGAGGAAGAAUGAGGAUGACCGGCUGGAAUCUGAGCCGUUAAUUACCUGA